CUAGGGCGCGCAGUCCCGUGCUCGUGCUCGUCUCCGCGCAGGCCGCGCGUCCGCGCGCCCGCCGCAGCCCCGGCCGCGCCCGCCCCGCCUCUCAGCGCCGGCCCGCAGCCCCGUCCUCCAGCGGCGGCGGCAGCGGCGGCCUGAGGGACGAUGAGCGGCGCGGCGCGGGCGCGGGUGCGGGCGGGCCCGGCCCGGCUCGCUGCGCUCGCCCUGCUGACCUGCAGCCUGUGGCCGGCGCGGGCGGACAACACGAGUCAGGAGUACUACACGGCGCUCAUCAACGUGACGGUGCAGGAGCCCGGCCGUGGAGCCCCGCUCACGUUCCGUAUCGACCGCGGGCGCUACGGGCUCGACUCGCCCAAGGCCGAGGUCCGCGGCCAGGUGCUGGCACCGCUGCCCAUCCACGGAGUUGCUGAUCAUCUGGGUUGUGAUCCUCAAACUCGGUUCUUUGUUCCUCCUAAUAUCAAACAGUGGAUUGCCUUGCUGCAGAGGGGAAAUUGCACAUUUAAAGAGAAAAUAUCACGGGCUGCUUUCCACAAUGCAGUUGCCGUAGUCAUCUACAAUAAUAAAUCCAAAGAGGAGCCAGUCACGAUGACUCACCCAGGCACUGGAGACAUUAUUGCUGUCAUGAUAACAGAAUUGAGGGGUAAGGAUAUUUUGAGUUAUCUGGAGAAAAACAUCUCUGUACAGAUGACAAUAGCUGUUGGAACUCGAAUGCCACCAAAGAACUUCAGCCGUGGCUCUCUAGUCUUCGUGUCAAUAUCCUUUAUUGUUUUGAUGAUUAUUUCUUCAGCAUGGCUCAUAUUCUACUUCAUUCAGAAGAUCAGAUACACGAACGCACGCGACAGGAACCAGCGUCGCCUUGGAGAUGCAGCCAAGAAAGCCAUCAGUAAAUUGACGACCAGAACAGUAAAAAAAGGCGAUAAGGAAACAGACCCAGACUUUGAUCACUGUGCAGUCUGCAUAGAGAGCUACAAGCAGAAUGAUGUGGUUCGGAUUCUCCCCUGCAAGCACGUCUUCCACAAAUCUUGUGUGGAUCCCUGGCUCAGUGAACACUGUACCUGUCCUAUGUGCAAACUUAAUAUUUUGAAGGCCCUGGGAAUUGUGCCAAAUCUGCCAUGUACUGAUCAUGUAGCAUUUGAUAUGGAAAGGCUUACCAGAACCCAAGCCGUUAACCGAAGAUCAGCCCUAGGUGACCUUGCAAGCGACAACGCCCUCGGCCUUGAGCCACUGCGAACUUCGGGGAUCUCACCUCUUCCACAAGAUGGGGAGCUCACCCCCAGAGCGGGGGAAAUCAACAUCGCAGUAACAAGUGGUCACUUCUUUCACCGAAACUCCUUGUCCCCGCGGAGCCUGGUGUACGAAAGUGAAUUCUCUACCAUCGAACCUUCUUUGGACAUGUAUGAUGAGAACAAAACCUGAUUCCUAAAAAAGGGGCUGUGGGGUCCACGUCCUUUGUGAUUUGAUUUAUGAUAGCCUUUCUUACUUUGUACUCUCCGUCGGCAUCCCUUUUGGAAGCAUGGCAGGUUGGGGUUCAGGGUUACACUGCAGAGUCCCCAGGGCGAGGCUUUGAGGACGGUGUAAUUGCCCAGCUGAGCCUCACGGUACUGAACACCUGCCAAGAUGGCCAUGAACGUGGGCUCCCAGCAAGCCUGGCCAUUCCCAGGGACAAGGGGGCCAGGAGUUGAUGCUGCACCACGCAUAUGUCCCUGAAUAAUCACGCACUGUUCUGCGUCAGGGCGGCGCUGGGGCUUUCAAACACAGCUUCCGCCACCCUCUCCUGCCACGUACCUAGAGCCUGUGGGCGGCGCUCCCCGCCCUGCACGGAGUGAGUCUCAGCGCCCGGCUGGGUCUACGUUGUCAUCUGGCUCUUGUUGUUCCUGUGAGAAGCCCUUUCCAUAGGAAGCUGAGAGAAAGCCUUGCCCUUCACACCCCCUUGAGACUGACCCCCUUCCCUCGGCAGACGGAGGGCGCGACCCGGCUCCGUGCUGAGGCAUAGAGGUGUCCACCUCGUCAUUUUCCAGUGUCUUGUGUUGAGCAUGACGUAAGGUGACAAGUACUUUUGUAGCCACUAAGUACUGAAGGUCCCCGUUCCCACAGUCUGUGGGCUCGUCUCCAUGGGUGCACGUGUGGGGGUGGCUCAGGGUGCCAGCCCACAGGGUUCAGCCUGCAGAGGUCAGCAUCAGAGCGGUUUGUGACACUGGGAAGAGCUGACCGCUCUCCCGCUGCUGGAUCCCACUGGAGGGCCCACUUCUGUCUUCAUGGGUCUGACCCGGUCCCUGCCCACCCCGACCUCAGCGGGUGCUGGAGCCCUGGUCUCCAGGCUCACAGGAGAGACAUAGUGGACACUGGAGGACAGGAGCGAAGCCCGUGUUCUGUGAGUCCUGGAACCAAGACGAGCAAACCAGGCUGUGUGUCCUUUGCCACAAUUCAGCCUGCUCCUCCCCAGCGUGAGCCACGUGUCUGGCGGUGAAACUGGCCCUUUGGUCUCCACCCUGUUACUGUGCUGGCUCUGUAGGGUGGGAGUCUGAAACAAGCGCUUGCCAUCUUUCUGUUUGUGGCAUCUUGUCUUGUACCUUGCUGUUAAGGUGCCUCAGAUACAGAUGCGGCCAAAACCAAGCCCACGAGAGACCUGGGACGGUGACAGCACUAGAGCCAGCAGCAUUUCGUCCUGAUAGUUUAAGGCUGGGACAAGCAGAUCUUUAAGGUUUUAACUGCUUUUGCUUUCUACUCUCUACCAAGGGCUUUUGUUUAUUCAUUUUCCUUUUUAUAGUCUUUGUAAUGUAAAAAAUAUUUUUGAUAAGCAGUUUCAGUUACAGUGUCAUUGAGAAAGAUGGUGGUCUGCCCGACUCAGUUCUCAGCCGGAAAGUGAGUUUGACAGGGCUCGGAGCUUGCUGUGCCCGCGCUCCCGCCUCGCGCCUGACUUGUGUUUGCACUGGCUCCCCAGGCUGGCAGGAAGACUGGGCUUGGAGGAUUGCAGAGCUCUCUGCUCGCUGACUGUGUUUUCCAUGACCCUAAAUUGAAAUCCUCUGCAGCACUGCCUUCUGAUCUGUGCACCUGUAUGAAGGCGUGCACACUAGAUGUCACCCCAGACUUUUGCUUUGCUAAGACAGAGAAGCUAGAGAAGAAAUACUUUUAAAUUGAAUCUUUACAAUCUACUGAUAUAAUAAUGAGUUUCUGGCGAAUCUGUGACAGCUUCACUGCAGAACGGCCAAGGAAGCCUUGCUCCUGAGAGACCAUCCUUGGAGUGGCACCCCAGAUCCCAGCUCAGUGACAGAAUGUCCUGUCUUCAUUGAGGACACUCGUUCCCUCCCAAGGACACAGCUUUGAAAGAGGGCAGAGCUCAGCCCAGACCAUAGCCUCCCUGCUGGCAGCCACUUGGAAGGGAGUCAGGGCGGAAAGCUCAGGGCUGGCUGCCGUGCGCCCUGUGAGGCCAUCCUUGUCAGCCCACACCCCGUGUGAGCGGCCCCACCGAGCCCAGCUGUGGCGGGCAGGACUGGAGUGCAGGCAGCAGCCCUUACUUAACAGAUGAGUGCCCACUGCUCCAGGCCUCACACCAUGGUGCUUAUCAGGAAGUAACCCUACCCAUGUCCCAGAGGGCACUGUUUGAAGAAAAGAAAAGCUAAAGAGUGGCCAUUAGCACCACAAACCUUGCGUCCUCCAAUGGCCUGCCCGGAGCUGGGCCUGCCCCCGGCCUCUCCUUCUGUCCCCUCUGCUGGCUAUGGAGCUGGGUGCUGGGACCUAAGUGGAGAAGGGUUGGAGUGACAGUCAGAACACAAGGCUUACUCAUCCCCGAGGAGAAGCCACUCCAGGCCCUCCUCCCGCUUCAGAGAGUGCAAGAGGUACCUGCACGGGGCACUGGUGCUGUCUGUCCAGGCCCUGCCUCUGCCCUCAGAGCAAGACGGACUCCGCCAGCCAAUCCCCAGCUGCUGCUGAGGCCCAGAGAACCAGCUGCUGUGACUUCAUCUCCCAGCACCUCUCCUGUCCCAGGGCCUGGCCCCAGGGAAGAGGGACACCCGUAAGCCAUUUCCUGGACCUGGCCUGGUCCAGAGCAAGGGCACUUCCAGGCCACCCAAAAGAUCCUGUCAAGAAGGUAUUAAAACCAAGUUGCUCAAUCAUACUAAUCCGACUCACCCCAAGAGCUUUACAAGCCCUUUUUGUAUUUGUAUUGCUUCUUGCAUCCAGCGACUUUGUUGAUCUGCAUCCUUAAGUGACAUUGGUUUUAACUGAGGAAAGAUCAGCACAGUCUCUUGGGCAGCAAGGUAGUGACGUGCCUGGUGAGAGUGCCCUUACCUUGACAGGCACUGCUGCUCACACAUGCAUGACACUAAGCUGCUGAGUUUCAGGGUGUGGCGUCCAGGAGGAGAAACUGGAAGAAGAAAGUUAAAUCCACCCUGGGCCAUGGUCAGGUUUUCUCACUGCAGAAGAGUGCAGGUGGGCCCAGCGACUGCAGAUUUCUGUUGGGGCUGCGCCUCAGUGGCGGGAUGCAGCUCCCUGAGGAAGAGUCCCUGGGCCCCACCCCUGGCGCACACCUUCUAGGUGUUGUAGGAAACGGACUGUCAGCUGCCCCGUGGGAAGUGAAAUGAAUGAAACAAAGCUGUCCCUGUACGGGGGCAGGAAGAGACAGCACCGGGAAGAAGGGCCGAACCGACCAGACCAGACCAGACCGGACCAAGGCCCCAGGGCAGCAGUGUCAGCCAGAGGGUUGGGGCUGCACCUGGACAGGCUGCCAGGAGCUGCCCCGAGCUGCAGAGGCGGAGGGCGAUGAGGGUGGAGGAGGCUUCUCAGCUGAGCCAAAUCUGCUGAAGAGGUGGGAGCCAGGAGCUGGGCGCAGAGGCUGAGAGCUCCAGGCUUGUGGCUGAAGGGGCAUCCGCAGGUGCUGUAGGGUCCCCUCAGGGGUGCAGAGACACAGAGGUCUGCCACAGGCUGGGUGGUAAAGGUGGCCCCUGAGUAGUCGUGACCUCUCUGGCGCCCCGGCCCCUCACUGAGGCACUUGCAAGGGACACAGCCUGGAGAGAGGGGCCCGCACUUCUGAGGAAGGUGGAGCUGGGGAGGCAGCACUGCACUAAGACUCUAGCACCGGUGGAAGCAAGGGACCAGAGGGGCUGCUGGAGCUCGUCUGCAGACCACAAAACCCUGGAGCAUAAUUCACUCUUCACACACAGACUGGCUGCCUCUCAUGUUGCGCAAUCCAGGGCACCCAGGCCCAGGGAUGUCACACAGCUGAACAGCCUCAGCCCCCAUUGCUAGGGGGUACACUGUGGAGGGACCCCAGGUCUGGUAGGGGCGGUUGUCCGAUGAGCUAUGUAUACCAACCUUUCACUUUGGAUUUGUUUGUGGGUGCAGCCCUCCAGAGCUCACGUGAGGAAGGGACGAGUGCAUAGUGUUCUUGAAUGCAGUUCUGUAACAUCUGAGGAAAGAUGGGGGGCUUCGCAGGAGUAAGGCAGUGGCGUUUGCUGUGUGGAUUGCAGACAAGGAAGGGCCAAGCAUGCCGGAGCCCGGCCGUGCUGGGAAGCCUCUCCCUGGCCACAGCCCUGGCUGGUCCUGGGCUCUCUGCAGAUCACACACACCUGGCGCAGGAGCAAGGGGGCAGGGAGCCCCAGAAUCCCUGCAGGGCAGCAGGUGCAGGUGCCCCAGUUGGCCCAGGAGACUGAACUUGGAGGAGGAGAAGCCAGCUGGGCCUCCAGCAGGCCUGGCAUGAACACGCUGCCUACAUUUUCCAGAGUGAACCGGGCCAGCCCGCAGCAGAGAGUGGGAGGGAGCCAUCGGCUCAAAGCUAGCAUCCGUGCCUCCAGAUGUGGUUCUGGUGUCCCAGUGUGUGCCGGAGGAUUUCCCCUGGUGACUCUUUAUCGUGAUUGGGGAAGAAGGAAGAGACUUCCUGCAGCUCAAGUAUCACACUUCCAGAAGGGUUCGGGCUGCCAAGUAACUCGGGCCUCUGGCCCAGGCUCCCCGAGCUCUUUCUGUUGACCCCUCCACACAUGUAUCCCACAAAUAGGGGCUCCAGGUGGUGUGGACCCCACUCACCAGCUUGAAAGAAUGGGUUUCUCACAAAGACAAGCGCUGGAGGAGCAUCGCUCUGGCCCAAAGUCCAGGGCAGAGUCAGGGCAGAGGCGCCCUGAGCACCUCUGUAAACUGCCUGCAUCUUUGGGUGGAAAGUCACAAACUGGAGGCUGUCAUCAGCGCCUCUCUCUGCUGCAGCAGACCCCAACCCCUGGGACACAGCUCCCGGGGCCCAGAUGGUGCAGACGCUCAGCUCUCACCAGUACGCUUGGCUCCCCGAGUGCAACAAGCUGGCCUGACCUCAUGCGCCCUUCCAUCAGGGGAGCAUCACCUUUCUACUCACCUCUCUUCACAGCCACUGGCAACUGCUGAGAGCUACAGAAGACUGCACUGAGCUGUUAUUUAUAAAUUUAACCCAAUAUAACAUGGAUUCUAACUUUCUUUAGAAAUUAUCCUUUAUCCACAAUUAAAUCCAAGUGUUUUCACACUGCGUGAUAGUAAAGGACUUUUCUAUUGACUAAGAGAUAUUGAACCAAGAUAUUUGUUUAAAACGGAGGGAGGACAGGUAGUGUAUCACAUCCUAAGAUGUUUCCUUUCCUUCAGAUGCAGACUCCUCCAGCAGGCGGGGGGCUGCUGAGUGGUGAGCAUGCUCCAUGGGCCUGGCCACUAGUGCGCCCCAGUACUGAGUGCCAGCACCCUGUGCUGGGGUGACCCCUGCCAGCCUGCAGAGAGGUACACGGGAGACCGUCGCUAGUCAUCAGCCCGGCACCUGGGCCUCUAGGGCUUCUUGGCUGGUUCUUGGCCAAAAUGUAUUAUCUUGAGCCAAAAAUGGGGAUCAGGAUGAACUCUAGGGGCAAUCUCUGUCCAAGAAAACUGGACCAGUGUGCUUACAGAGAGAGGAAGGCCCUCACCUGGGAGACAACGAUGGGGUAGGAGAACAGCACCACCUCACGAAGACACCCUGUUCCCGUAUGAGAGGAGGACUGGGCUCUGUCAGUGGCUACUAUGUGUGACUGGUUUUGAUGCUCAGUAGCUUUUAUACUAGUAAAAAGUUUAGUUAUCCCUUUCACAUUUGGAUCAUGCAAAGAGCCCCUCCCGUUCCAGGUUCCUGCUAACUAUGCACAGCAUCUCAGAGGAUGGCACACAGAACUAUUUUUCUAACUGUAGCACAGGUACUGUAGGGUGGGUAGCUUAGGGUGUAAUGAAAUGCAGCGGAUGCUUUACCUUCCACCCAGAGGGAUAAAAGGGAAACUAUGCACUUGAUUUUAAUUCACCACUGGAUAACUUGUUGCCAGAAAGAACACACAUCAAAUACUCAUGAAGCAAACAUGAUCAUUAGCUUGAUUCUGGGGGCUCACUGUAGGCGGACACCUUGUCUAGAAUACACUUGCCAGUACAGUGUGAGCUGAUUUCUUAACACUCAGAUCUCAACCCUCGGGACUGUUCUGGGCAGCACAAUUCCUAGGUCCACAUGGUUGCUGUAAGUAUAUUACCUUGUGAAACUGUAUGGUAUAUACCCAUAUGUCAAUAGUGUAUAUCUGUAUGUGCAGAAUUUGCUAAUAUAACCAUUUCAAUAAAAACCCACUAAAAACACGA